GAACUUUCGCUUCAUUUAGACUGGUUAGGUGGUUGGUUAAUUCCAUUUGUCUUCGUUUUUUUGUAUUAUUUUCGCGAAGGGAUAAUUUUUUAAUCGUUUAUGAUUAUUAAAAAUUUACAAACAACUAACAUCUUUGGAAUCUUAAAAAUGAGUUUUCAAUUUGCCGUACUGACCCUUAUCUUAACAGCCUUCACAGUCUCUCUGUGUGCUGAACAAAAAAUUUCAAAGGGUGACGGAGGUGAAAUACGAAUUUUCAAACGUCUUAUUCCUGCCGAUGUUCUACGAGAUUUUCCGGCAAUGUGCUUUGCUUCAACUCGAUGUGCCACUGUUGAGCCCGGAAAGUCGUGGGACCUUACUCCAUUCUGUGGUCGAUCUACUUGUGUUCAAAAUGAGGAAAAUGACGCAAAGCUAUUGGAACUCGUAGAAGACUGCGGGCCAUUGCCACUGGCGAAUGACAAAUGUAAAUUGGACACAGAAAAGACUAAUAAAACCGCAUCGUUUCCUUUUUGCUGCCCCAUCUUUACAUGUGACCCCGGUGUUAAAUUGGAAUACCCCGAGAUCGGAAGGGAUAAUGACAAAAAGAAUGUUGAGUGAUUGAAAACCAAUAUAUUAUGUAAACGUGUGUCAAUACAAUAAAAACAUUUGUUGCUUUAGUCAGAAAGAA